AAUUUCCGGUCAUUAUCACUGGUUCUGAAGAUGGCACUGUGAAAAUUUGGCAUUCCACCACAUUUCGUCUGGAGGACACAUUGAACGAAGGAAAAGAGAGGGUGUGGUCGAUUGGGCACCUCAAGGGGUCAAACAGCAUUGCUGUUGGCUACGAUGAGGGCGUGCUGCUGUUGAAACUUGGGCGAGAUGAGCCCCUUGUUUCCAUGGAUUCAAGUGGGAAAAUCAUAUGGGCAAGACACAAUGAGAUUCAGACUACCAACUUGAAAUCUCUGCCCUCUGAUGCUGCCAGUGCUGAUGGAGAAAGACUCCCUCUCCCAGUGAAGGAUUUGGGCUCCUCUGAUUUGUACCCCCAGUCUCUCAGCCACAAUCCCAAUGGCCGGUUUGUUGCAGUUUGUGGCGAUGGCGAGUACAUUGUGUACACCGCAUUGGCAUGGAGGAACAAGAGUUUUGGGAGUGCUGAUGAGUUUGUGUGGGGCAAUGAGGCCAGUGAGUUCGCAACCAGGGAAGGAAGGUCGAAAGUCAAGGUUUCUCGGAACUUCCAGGAAAAGCACACAUUGAAGCCACAAUUCGUUGUCGAGGGCUUGUUUGGUGGAACACUACUCGGGCUGCGUGGAAGCGAUUUUGUUGCCUUCUAUGACUGGGCAGAAGGCACCAUUGUCAGGCGGAUCGAUGUUCCUGUGAAGAAGGUGUUCUGGUCUGAUUCUGGUGACUACCUGGCAAUAACUGCUGAUGAUGCAUUCUACAUCCUGGAGUUCAGAAGGGAGCUGGUGGAUGCUGUGUUGAACAGUGGCCAGGAUGUGGAUGAGGAUGGUAUUGAGGAUGCCUUUGAAGUGGUCAGUGAAGUUUCAGAGCAGGUGGUGACUGCUCUCUGGGUGGGUGACUGCUUUCUGUACAACAACUCUUCUUGGCGCCUCAACUACUUUGUUGGGGGCGAAGUCACCACACUUUACCAUCUGGACAGGCCAAUGUAUCUGCUGGGCUUUUUGGCGUCGCAGAGCAGGGUCUACCUCAUUGACAAGGACCUCAGUGUUGUCAGCUACACACUGUUGAUGAAUCUGAUCGAAUACAAGACAUUGGUCAUGCGAGGCGAUAUUGAUGCAGCACAGGAAAUUCUUGAGACGCUCCCUGAAGACCAGCUGAACAAUGUCGCAAAGUUCCUUGAGUCUCGUGAUCUGGUGAAAGAAGCACUGGAAGUUGCCACGGACCCAGACUACAGAUUUGACUUGGCAGUUCAGCUUGGUGACCUACCAGUGGCACACCAAAUUGCUGAUCAGGUCAACAGUGAGGUGAAAUGGAAACAACUUGGUGAACUUGCCAUGACAUCUGGAAAGUUGACACUUGCAGAAGAUUGCCUAAUGAGAGGCAAGGACCUCCCUGGGUUGCUGCUCUUGUUUACAGCAAGGGGAUCAAAGUCUUCACUGAAGGAAUUGAUUCCCCUGGCAAAAGAGCAAGGGUGCAGCAACAUUGCAUUCAUGGCACAUUUUUUGCUGGGCAAUCUGGAUGCUUGCAUACAGCUCCUGGUGGACACAGGGCGCAUGCCAGAGGCUGCCUUCUUUGCGCGUACAUAUGCACCAAGCAAAAUGUCUAUGGUUGUCGAACAGUGGCGUGACGACCUCAAAAAAAUCAACCCAAAGGCUGCUGAUUCGUUGGCAGAUCCUGCAAAGUAUCCCAACCUUUUUCCUCACCUUGACAUGGCAUUGAAAGCUGAAGAAAUUGCACAACAACGGCGACUGCAUCCUGUGCCUGCUUCUGAAUACCCGCAGCACGAGGGAUCGAAUACUGUCAACUUGAUUGAGGAAAUAGAGAGACUGGCCAUUGGCGAGAGAACAGGGGCAGUGGAGAAUGGUGACAUUCCCCCACACGCCGGCGCAGAACCAAUUCCUGCCAGUGGUGACGAGGCAGGCAUCUCUGUCGCACGAGCAGCAGGCAGCUUGAGCACGCAGGAGGGCACUACACAGAUUGGACAACGCCCACAUGCAGCUGUCGAUGAUGGGAGUUUGGUAGAAUCUGCUGCUGGUGCAGAACAUGAUUGGGGCCUAGAAGAUGGGGGGCAGGAAUAG